AUAAAUACUUCUCAUCUUUCACUGUAUCCCCUUAUCCGAGUAAAAUUCUCCUCGCCGAUGAAGAAUCGUAGUUGCUGAAUCAUCAAUACUGCAGCCAUCACCAUGCUGAACCGUGCUGAAAAGAAAAGGAAUAUCACAAAAAAAGGUUAUACCCGGUGAAGGAGUCAUAGAGGAGAAAAAAAAAGAGGAUAGAUUAGUAGAAGGAAACAAUGAGACUGAGAAGGUGUUAAUCAUGAUGUAGGUGGCUGAGAAGGUGGAUUUGUACGAAUUUUAAAUGGAAGAUUCUCAUCACAAAGAUGAUGAGAGAGAAUAUUUAAGUGUUCUGAUUAAAUAAAUAUGAGUAAAAAUAAAAUUUAAAAUAGUAAAAAAAAAAAGAAUAUCACUUGUCUUUAUCAGUUUCCUCUCUUUCUCUCUCUCACUUGUCUGAAUUAGCAGUUGAAAAUGGUGACCGGCGCCGCCAAAUUCCUACUCUCCGCCGGCGCUGACCACGCUGCUCUCUGUCUCAGUUCCGCUCAAAGCAACGCAUUCCUCUCUUCAUCUUCUCCAUCAUCGUCAGCUUCUCUGCAGCCGAACAGACUUCAAUUCGUCGUCGUUAAUGUCAGCAGCAACUUCCCAAACCCUCGCUCGCUCAGGCUUUGCUCCGCCGCCAUGUCUUCCUCCUUGAGCGAAGUGAAGUCUUCCUCAAUUCCUUUUCUUGACCGUAAGGAGACCGACAUCCUUCACUUCGUCAAGUACCACGGCCUCGGAAAUGACUUCAUUUUGGUUGAUAAUCGAGAUUCUACUGUGCCCAAAAUCACUUCAGAGCAAGCGGUUAAAUUGUGCGACCGUAACUUUGGGAUUGGUGCAGAUGGAGUCAUAUUUGCGUUGCCAGGAAUCAAUGGGACUGACUAUACUAUGAGGAUUUUCAAUUCGGAUGGUAGUGAGCCGGAGAUGUGUGGCAAUGGGAUCAGAUGCUUAGCAAGAUUUAUUUCUGAGCUUGAAAAUUCUCAAGGCAAGCAAAGUUACACUAUACAUACUGGUGCAGGUCUAAUUAUUCCUGAAAUUCAAGAAGAUGGUCAGGUUAGAGUUGACAUGGGCGAGCCAAUUUUGAAGGCACCAGAUGUCCCGACAAGGUUGGUGCCAAAUAAGGAUCAAUCAGUUGUGAAAUCUAAAUUGGACGUGGAUGGAGUAUCUUGGAGUGCAACAUGUGUUAGCAUGGGAAAUCCUCACUGUGUUGUUUUCGGUACGGAUUUAAGUGAGAAUCUGGAAGUUGAUGAAUUGAACCUGGGAGAAAUAGGUCCAAAGUUUGAACAUCACUUUAUGUUCCCGGCCCGAACCAACACAGAGUUUGUGCAAGUGUUUUCUCCUACGCACCUUAAAAUGCGUGUUUGGGAGCGUGGCGCUGGGGCUACUCUAGCUUGUGGGACCGGUGCUUGUGCAGUAGUUGUCGCGGCAGUGCUUGAAGGUCGUGCAGGGAGGGCCUGCAGGGUGGAUUUACCUGGAGGACCAUUGCAAAUUGAGUGGAGAGAAGAAAAUAACCAUGUCUACAUGACUGGCCCCGCAGAGGUGGUGUUCUACGGCUCAGUUCCCCUGUAACCUUUACUUGUUUACAACAUUUUAAGACACGCUCCCUUUAUAAGGCUUUGGAUUCAGAUGGUAGAAGACUUUUAUUCCAAAAGAUACACUAUUCCUAGAACUAGGUUGCGUGCUCGACAUUUCUCGAUUGCUGCAGCCUUUAUAUGUAAAAUGUGACCUUGACGACCAAGGAAAGUGAAACCUAGUAUUAAACAAGAAUCUUCCAUUAAAAUUAUUUUUGAUAAGGUAAUCCCUUUUACCCUAUUAAAGCAGAAUACAUGAUGUUGAUGUGACAAUUUUUUUUAAAAAAAAUUUUGGCUCCAAAUGCACUAUAUUGCUUUAACCAUUCUGGCACGUGUCAUCCUUUUUUAAUAGAAAAAAAAAACUUCUUAUCUGGAAAAACAAAAGCUAAUUUACAAAAAUAGCUACACAAUUUUAACUCCUAGCACUUAUCAUUUAUCAAUCAAAUUAAGAUACCAUUUAAAUUUGUC